GGCCUGAUGUCCGUCCAGGCCGGGGACCAGAGUCUGCUGGCCUGUAUCAAGCGGCUGCUGCUCUCUAAACAGGAAGUGCUGCAGGUGGGGGCGUGUCAUGUCCUUGCCCAAUUACUUGACCCCGUGGCCGGGGAGACGUAUGGACCCCAGGUGCUGCAGUCUGACCUUGUGGGAGCAUCUUCAAAGUGCUGAAGACUUUAUCGGGACUCGGACAGUUCUACAAGAGGUGCCAUGCAGUGUAUGGUGUGGAGUCAUUGUUGCGAGCUGUGACGGUUGCCAAGGAGAUGAAGAACCCUCACCUACUAGAGCUGGGCUUCUCCGUACUGGCACAGGUGCUCACCAAACACCCGAGUGACAUGCCCCUGUUUGUGAGCCCAGGUGUGGUCCAGAAAUGCCUGUGUGUUGUGCGAGGGGGGCUGGAGCACCAACAGCCAGCUGUCUUCUACCAGGCAAUGGAUACACUAACACCACUGCUCAGCAAAAAUUAUUUGCUGACUCCAAUUCCAUUCGAUGACCUUGGUGACUUGGUUACCAAAGCAACCACGCAUGUCUGGGCUGACCUUGGUCAGAGGUCAGGGACAAAAAGAGGCCAAGGGGACAGACAUAUGCGGGUUGAGCAGACACAUAAAUGUAUGGAAAUGCUGAGCAGUUGUGUAAAGCUGUGUUUAGAGUGUGCUGGUGAUCAUUCAUUGUGUGAGAGCAGUUUUGCUGUCCCAGAUAUGGACGACCAGUCGGGAAGUUCCAGUGAAAAGUUUGCACACACGGUCUUGGCUGCUGUAGAUGAUAUGGGUAUCCCUCUCAUGAUGUUGUCCUGGGAGAGAGGUGACAGCCCUGAGUGGUACAUUCAGUGUUUAAACCUGCUGGCUGACCUUGAUGACCUGGACACCAUGGCAACCAGUGAACUUCUCUAUAAACUGUUGACUGCUGGCUUUCUAACCAGUCUGCUAGAGUUGAAACAGCGGUUUAACAGCGGCAUAUUGACAAGAUCCAUUGGGAAGGUGCUGUCCCUGCUGCUUAUAUGUUGUCAGAGUAAAGGACUGCUGCCCUCGAACAUGGACAUGCCUGGGAGGUUCACAUUAGAUGGCUUAGAUUGGAAGGUAGCAGACCUGCAGGAAGUUUUCGGAGGCAGUGUUCUUCCACAAUCAGUGGUGGAGUCGUAUCUACUCCUCCUCUAUAUAGACCUGCAGUUGGAAAAUAGGAUCCUAUCACCUGAACAAUUAGCUGCCAUGGCACAAGCCACUGUGGACCACCAGUGUGCUGUAGAUCAGUUAUCUCCUUUAGCUCAGAAACAUUUCAUUUAUUUGCUAGCUUAUGUCUGUGUAGCUGGAAGCUGUAAUAUUAGCUGCAUUAUUUCAAAUGGUGUUGGUAGUGUGGCUAGGCUGAUGGAGGGGAGAAUGGAGGACUGGUACACACACAAUCCCGUGCUGUUACACUGGGUCUUCCUGGAUCCUAUACUUGCUGGAACAUGUAGACAUUCUGUGCUACUAGCAUUCCUGACCCAUGCCAACAAGGAGGAAGUUGUUGACUUGCUAUGUGUGGAGAAUAAUAGAAAUACUGACCAGAAUGCCUUUCUACAGUUGGCCCAGGGUCAGGCAUUUAUGAUGGCCUUGCUGAGGAUUCUAACUUCAGGCAGCAUUGACGUUGUUUCCAAGGCUAUGUUGAUGUGUGAAACACUUUUUGGCUACAGAUCGGAUAUCACAGAAGUUAGUCUCGGGGCUGACACUUCACAUAAUGUUCAGCAGAAGGACGCUAGAUGGGAAGAUUUCGAUGUCUUGUUUGAAAAGGUGUCCGAGUCAGUUGCGAAAAUAUUCCUGAAGAGUUGUCCAGAAUCAGAAGAUCACAACCUAACGAGCCUCUUGUGUGUGCUGCUGAUGUUAUGUGAAGUUCGGCCCCAGUGCUCUGUUGACGUCAAAGUCAUCUACCAUGUUUUAAACACCCUUGGAGGUAAGUCUGAGGGGCUAAGUACAGAGGUGAAGAGGGUGUGUCUAUUGGUCAUUCUGGCUACCCUGUCCACCCUUCAUGGGACAAGGGAGCAGGCAAACCAUCCUCCAGUGUGUACAAUGGUGUGUCAACAUGAUGGGUUCCUAGGGCACCUGCAGGCUUGUCUUGAUGGGAGAUAUGGGGAUGAGAUAUUCUCCAUUGCCACGGACAUACUGACAGGCAUACUCUCAUACCCAGACGUAAAGUGUUCAGUGCCACUGGAGUUGGAGCUGACCAGACUGUACACGAUUGUCACCCAGUGUAGUGGGUCACGUCACACUGCCAGUGUGGGUCUCCUGGGGGCGGUGUACAGAACUGGCCUGUCUCAUGGGGCAAUAUCCCUCACAGGCCGGCUUGAUGAGGGGCAGUAUAGGGCACUGCACAUAUACCUUCAGCAGCUUUGCCUGCAGGAAUCUGAAGUGUCGUCUGCUGCGGUCAGCUGUAUGGUGGCACUGCUGAAAUACCUUCUUGAUGAAUGCCCAGAACUAGGUUGUGAGUUGGUCAGCCAGCCCUGGAACCUAACACUUUUGGAUGUGAUUUUGGAUAUCAGUGACGUGCCGCUCACAGACCACCAAGUCCAGCUAAUCACCAUGUUGGUGGAGAGUAAGGAGACCUGUACCCAGCUCCAGCACUAUGAUGGUUUAGUGGAGAAACUGGUCACAGUUAUGAACCAAGGGCAGAAUCAUGGUUCACAUGGAAACUCCAGGCUGGCUCAGCUCCUGCUCAAGAAGUUCCAAUCAAAGCUCACAGCGGAAGAAUGUGUUGUGCUUAGAAAAAUUGGUUCAUGUGCCAGUGCAUUUAGUGUGAAUGUUCCACAGGAAGUUUAACAGGCCAUCAAUGCAGCCUUUAUGAUUAUGCCAUUUGAAGACAUCGGUUGACUUUGUAGGAAGAUACUUAUAAAAGGAAUACUUUGCAGAACAUGAACACUCUAAGAUGUGUUUAUUAUUAAGAACAUAUCAUUAUUUGACCAUGCAUACAAGCAAUAACAAAAAAAACACUGAAAUUAAUUAUAUAAUCUUUACUGAAACUAAAAUAGUUGUACAUGUCACUGGCAACAAUAUUACUGUUGAAUUCUUUUUUUGAGUGGCAUAACAAGGGGGGGGAGGCUUUAUCAAAUUCCUUCAAUCAGUGUUGGUUGGUAAAAAAAACAUGGCUGACCAAGUGAUCUAGUUUUCACUUUAUUGCUAUUUGUAUACAGAAAACUUUGAAAAUCUCUUUGUCAUAAACCUCUAGAUUCAAAAAUAACUUCACAGAAAUGUUUCUUUGGUGAUACUUUAUGAAAUUCCUUCAAGCCAUGUUGGUUUGUAAAAAAAAUAUUAAAACUAUAAGGCCUUGAGCUUAGAAAUUUUGCAUAUAGCAUUAUCUGGUGUGGCUAUAACAUGUUGGUUAUUGAUUAUAUAAAUGUGCCUCACCCUGGAGUUGCAAGUUGUGUAAAAUAUGAAACCUUUGAAAAUCGGAUUGAAAACUCGGGAGUAAAAGAAGGCUCUUAAAUUUUGAUGAAAUACCAAAUGCUGUAAAUGUUUUGUAUAGAUAAAUAGCUGUUGAGAAAUCAGA